UGUCGAAUCAAAAAAAAUUGAUGCGCUUCGUUCUACUUAUAUAUUUGUUCCACGUUCGAUGAAUGAGAAUGGGACCGUAGGACAUAGAAUGAAGCGAUUUUUUAUUACAUUGAACUGAUUGAACUUGUGACAAUCAAGGCCAUCGAAAAUUUAAACAAAACAGGAAGAAUUGCGUCUCAUUUAUGUUCAAAUUUUGAAUUUUUUGGCAUUCCUAAUACUUGUUUCACGUUUCGACGGUCGCAGUUCAUAACCAUCAUUGACCAUCAUAACUGAUAACAGUUCAUAAUCGAGAAGCAAUCUCACAAACCAAUCACAGGUAGUCAAAAUGUCUACUACAUCACAGAAGCACAGGAACUUCGUGGCUGAGCCGAUGGGAGACAAGCCUGUGACCGAAUUAGCUGGUGUCGGAGAGGUGCUAGGAAAAAGAUUAGAGGCUGCAGGCUUUGAUAAGGCAUAUGUGGUCCUGGGACAGUACUUAGUGUUAAAGAAGAAUAAGGAGCUGUUUCAAGAAUGGAUGAAGGAUGCUUGUUCAGCGAAUGCAAAACAGUCAACAGAUUGUUAUCAGUGUCUUACUGAUUGGUGUGAAGAAUUUUUGUAAAGUAAUUGUGAUAGAUUUGACUUAAAUAUUCUUAAAAAGAAACAAACUAUAAGUUUAAUUAUAAAGUUAUAUGACAU